AUGGCGGGCGACGGAGAGGGAGCCGAGAGCUCCACCGCCGGCGAGCGGCAGGGCGUGCCCUUCGCUCUGGGCGGCCCGGUGUUCGUCCCCUUCAUGGUGGGCCCCAUCUCCACCGUACCAGAGUUCAUGUCCUCCGCCCUCCACGAGCUCCAGGCCUUGGAAGACGAAUUGGGAGACCCCGGCGACGAAUUCGACGAUGAGCUUUGUGUCGAUGAGUUCAAGGUGCUCUCUGAGGAGGAGUUGGUGGAGCGCGCCCUCCAGGAGGCUAUGGAGGACUCGGAUUCUGGCACUCAGCCACAAUCAGAGGAUCAAACACUUGAUGGAGGAAUGUCAGCGAAUCCAACACCUACAAAUGAGGCCCUCACACUAAGCCCAUCGGCUGAAAGAGAGAGCUCUGGAUUGCCUGCUGAAGAUGUGGCGGCCGUAUUAAAUGAACCACAAAGCCAGAUGCAAAAAGGGGAAAACUGGAACCAUCACACUAGAUUCUCCGAAGGUAGUGAGGGAAAUGGAAUGAUGCCUUCAAAUCCACCAGCUGAAAAUGGUGCCUCUGAAUCACCUGUUGAUGGUAUGUCAAUUGUUCCAGAGGGAACUAAUGGACAAACAACAUGUAGGAAGGGCAAAAAGAGAGGCAGACAUUUUGAUAGAGAGGGAAGCUAUCUUACUAAAGCAGAGAAGUGGGUACAAAUCAAGGUCAAGCAAGACGAAGACAAAUUUGCAGCAAAGGCUGCAUUCUUUCAGCCCAAAGGUUCCAAGUCAUCAUCUGAGAAAAUUGAAACGGCGAGAUCUCUUAAACUAAUCUGUGCACCUUGGAAGAACAAAGCUUUAAGAUCUGACGAGCACAGACCUGUGGUCCAUCCAGAAGUAAUUCUUUGUGUUGAAAUUUAUCAGAAGACAUAUGCCUCUGUUAAGUCCCAGGAACUUCUUGUGCUGGGAAGCCAAUUCCUUAUCGAUCUGAGGGACAACAUUUGUUGUUUGACUGAUAAGCUUAUGAAGGUGGCUGGGCAACACGAUCAUUCUGGGUAUUUCCUUAUCGAGGACACGUUCUACAAUGAUACAAGACUUUUUUCUGCCACUGAUUACAGUAAGCCUAUACUAGAUUGGCUUGAGAAUUCCAGUGAUGAGGUAGCAGAGAAGUGGGAUGCCAUAACAUCUGGUGUUUUGAAGAAACGGCAAAAGGUCUUGCUGAGUGGUUUGAGUAUUUCUAACGUGCCUGAAUUUAAAUCUGAAAAAAUGCAAAUGACUCGUUUCUGUGACCUGCACUUCUGGCCUGGUGCUGGGUACCUGUACUGCCAUCAGGGCAACUGCAAGCACACAAUCGUGAUAAGGGACAUGAGGUUGAUCCACCCAGAUGACACACAGAACCAAGCGGAAUACCCUCUCCAGACAUUCCAGUUGCAGAAGCGCUUGCAGAAGUGCUCGGUGUGCCAGAUCUAUCUCGCGACGAAGGUGACGGUCGACAAUAAGUGGGCUCUGAACAACCCCUGCUACUUCUGCAUCAAAUCCUACUACCUCCUCCAUUACAAGGAGGACAGCACACUGCUAUAUCCUCACACUGUAUAUGAUUUCAUCCAAGAGUAA